AUGGAAUUCCAAUUUAAACUUUUCGAACUCGGAAGACUUCAAAAAGCAGAAAAAAUUCUAAAAGGAUUUUUGCACAAUCAUGCGAAAAAGAGAAACUUCCAAAAAGUACUUGAGAACAUCUUGUCAAUCGUCGAAAAUUACCAGAACGCAAUCGUCGAUUUCGGCAUCGACCACGAAGACUUCGAGCUCGAGCGAAUCAGCUGCUUCGUCGAAAUCAUCAUUCAAUCGACCAUCUCCUGCUCGCUCUACUGUCAACGAGAAAUUGACGAGCUACAGAAACUCUAUGGCCAAGAAGAUUUCGGCCUUAUUUCGAGAAAAUGCCGAGACGCCCUUUUGACUUUUUGGCAGAAAGGAAUCAUGCUCAAACCUAGAAUAAAGAAUGCUCUCGAUCAUGGCUGGAAUCGAGAAACUUUUAUAAUUUUACUCAAAAGAAUUUGA